AUGUUUCUGUGGUCGAGCCGUCAAAGUGGUGGUGAAGCAGCAGAUGGCCCUGAAACAUUCCGACGUGCUUCCGUUUCACCGCCUCAUGAAGAAGCUGAGGAGAAAUCAGAAGGGCCGGUGGCUCGCACAACAAGAUCACAUGGUCGCACCAGCAGUUCAUCCACCCCUCAGUCAGAACGGCAAAUGCGAGAGCGCAAGCAGCCGACUAUGUACUCUCCAGUUGCAAAGACCACCGCUAAUCUCCAGCCUCGUGUCGUGAAAAGAAAAUCCUAG